GCGGCACAGAGCACCGAGACACAGCUGAGAAUUAAAGAGAGAGAGCGUCCAGUGAAGUGGAAAUUUGUGUGAGCAUCAGAAAAGGACAGAAAUAGAGCGAUAAAGCAGUGAAUUAAGCAGAGGCAGGCAGAGGGGGAGGAGGAGAAAUUGAGACAGUCUUUGAGUGAGGCGGUGAUGCUGCAUGCAGGCGAGAUCCUCUCAGGGUGAAAGCUUCCGUCGUGUUUUGGACGUGGAUUUGCUCCCAUCUGAGUCUUGGUGGAAUUCUUUGCAUCCGGUUACACAUCUGCAGACAGAGGAUGGGAAUGUGGCUGGACGUGAGGAUCCAUCUUGGCCUGUGAUUUCUGCAUCCUUCCCUAUGAGGAUGCCUCUAACAACACUGACCCAGAUUGUGGAAUAGUGGUCGUUUGCCGAGCUCCGCUCCUCCUCUGAUCUACCAAUGUGAAAGUGUGCGACGGAUCCCUGCAGAGACCUCUCCGCCUGCUGACUCUGCUGAUAUUUGUCUCCGUGGAUACACAGGCUACCCCACUGAGUCUGAGCCGUAAGCAUAAUCCUCAGCUGGAGCAAAACAUCUGCGUGUGGAGAGAAGGGAGAGGGGGAAAAGUCUCAGCAGGGUGGACAGCAGAUGGUGACACUGCAGCAGCACUUCUCCAGCAUGGAGGAGACUGUGAGAACUCUGCUACAGAAUCAGGACACAAUGGAGGGGCCCAAAGUGGAUCCGCUGGAUUUAAUGAAAGCAUACAAGGAUAAACUCCUGGAGGAAAUGUGGAAGCAGCAGGACAGUCUGGAGGGUCCCACAGCCACAGCGGCAGAGAUGUCUGCCUCACCAGAGGCUGGCGGUAGUUCAGAAGGAAACUCAGAGGACAGCAAUCCCCUGCUCGAGCGCCUUCGAGCACUAGAGGCGGAGAACUCUGCUUUGUCACUGGAAAAUGACAACCAGAGAAAGCAGUAUGAACGCUGUUUGGAUGAGGUUGCUAACCAGGUGGUCCAGGCACUCCUCACACAAAAGGACUUGAAAGAGGAAUGCGUGAAACUGCGGACCCGUGUGUUUGACUUGGAGCAACAGAACCGUAUACUGAGUGUGCUGUUUCAACAACGUGUCAAAAUGUCUGCUGUUCCCAUCUCCCAGGAGGGCCAAAGGAAUGGAAAAGCAGGCAUUCCUUCAGGAAGGUGGCCAAGCCUGCUGAGCCUCACGUGCCCCCGCAGCAGUGGGAGCGGCAGCGGCAGUGAACUGUCACUGUCCAGUGCAUGCAGUGAAUUCUCCACUGGCUCCCACACUUGGGCAGAAGGGCGUGGCUCCUCUAAGCAAAAUGCUUCAAGCCGGGACAAACGGUUGAGUAAUGGUUCCGUAUCCAGCAAUCAUUCUGCACCCACUGAGCAAAAAGACAUUGGCUGGAAGGAGGGGCAUAUUUUAAAAGGCCUAAAGCGUCUUCAAAUGAGCAACUCCAAGGAUGCAUCUUCACUUGCUUCUGAACCACACUGCAAAGAUUGCAUGACCUCCAAUGAGGGUAUUUAUUCUCUUGGUGUUAAGUGUGGACAACAAGCGAUUGUAGCUAAGCAGGGAAUCCCUUCAAAUAAGCCUUUUAAAGGAAAAUCAGAGGUUGCCACUCUGGAAUCGGAUGAUCCAGAUGAGGACUCACCAAGGGAGUCUAGAGAUCAACCAAAGAAGGAGCAUCUUUCUUUGGAGAAAUUGGAUCUUGGGAAUGAUGGCAGCUUUCAAGAAGACUCCUUGGGACGUUCAGGUAUUUCUGGUCUUUUCCCAUCACCUGGUUCUGACAAGUUCUUAUUUUUGGAGGGCCCAUCAGUGAAACCUGGUGUGAGCCCAUCUGACAGCCUUACACAUCUGGAAGAAACAAACACAAACUCGUUGGAGAAGCACAGGACAUCAAGCCUAAAGUUCAGUGACAGAAAUAAUAACCAGGAGCGGUACAGUGAACGUAAAUCCAGACUUGAUGAUAACAAAAGACAACAGGAAAUAAACUCACAUAAGCAAGUGGAAACAGUCACAAAUGGCGUAGACUUGUCUAUUCAACAUGCUGCUAUGAGAGCUCUUAGCUACACGCAUGAUUCAAGACAGCGCAGCUCCUCAGUGGAGGUCCCUCACUGCAGAGAGCAAGCUCAUCAAGCUCAAAGUGAAACCAAAGAUUCCACCAUCUUGGAGUCUCCACAGAGGAAGCCAUUGCCCCCAGUGUGUGACUCUGCAAGGAACGCUUUCAUUCUCCGGAGCAAAAGCGCAGAUGGAGGGCAAGAAAAACUCAAGCAUUCUCCUCUACACCAAAAGCUUAUAAAAGGUCAAAGAACAAAAGGACAGAAAAACCAAAACCUUUCAGGACACAGUGUUUCUAGCAUAAGGACAAAUGUCAACAAACCCUAUGGCUCUUGUCAGGAAACAUUGUCCAAAUCUGAGGAAGUUGGAGAUUCUAUAAUAUCAUCUAGUUCCAAGUCUGUCGAGAAUGUACAGCAUGGCUCUCCUCUUGCAUCUCCUGUGAAACAAUCAAAGGUUGUCAAGAAUUCAGGCAUCAACGAGGGCGCAAAAAGUCCAGCAAAAUCCUCUGUGCACAUAAGUAGGCUCUCGAGUGGUGACUCUGUGGAAGAAAGCAUCUACGACAAUUUACCCUGCUCACCAAGAAAACAGCGGCGCCAGGACCAGCACUGUGAAGUCUCCCAAACUGAGCCUAGAUCUCCCUCCUCGCCUCUCACUCCAGGUCAAAGUAUUGCCAUACUAUUUACGCACAACUCUGAUCAAAAAACAUCUGGGAAACAAACACCAACAACAAUGAAGACCCAAACAAAUGAGUUUGUUUCUUCAUCACAGAAUGAAAUUCCUGACCCCCUAAAAGACAAUCAACAAACAGCUCAACAAAGAGGUGCUGAAUGUAAACCUAUGAAAGAUAUACCUGCCAAUAUUCACCACACCCACAAGAUGCCACCUGUCCCCAUUCAAGAAUCCCAGCCUCCUGAGUCAGUCCAGCUAUGCACUCACAGAAACGCCCCAUGUCUUGGAGAAAAUGCAGCUGCUGCAAUAUUUCCCCAUCCAAGCAUCCUUCACAGAUCUCAACAGAGCAUUAGUGAGCCAAAGCUUUCAGAAUUUAUGCCACCAGUGUACUCUAACAUUUAUUACCAUGGAAAUGCCCAAAAUCUACCAUCUUCCUCAUCGAGGGCUAUGAAGAGGACUUUCCCUGCUAAUGCUAAAUCUCAUGAAGCAAUUGCUGGUCAAGAUACAAGUACCUUCCUUGUUUUUGGAAGACAACACAAAGAUGAUCUGAAAAGUGCACAAACCUUUCAAACUUUUACUUGUGACCCCCAAGUGUGCCACAGUGGGGCACAUGACAAAGUUCAUAGAAAGAUUGAGACUCGUUGUAGUUCCCUAGACUCUGAGCCUGUUCGACCUGUUGCCACAGACAGCAGUGUGAUGUUAGACUGGGGAUUCGAUGAGGAAGGUUGGCUGUUCAAACGCUCUGUGUCUGUUUCCACCAGGCCUCUUUUCAAACCUGUAAUGGGCAUGAAUGGUGCAAAGGCUCGCAGUCAGAGCUUUGGUGCACGCUACAUGGACCGGCCGAGCUUCAAUAGAUCCGGUAAAGUUCGCACUCAGAUCAAAACACACUCUGGGAGCUCUUUGAAUUCUCUUGGGGAUGUCCUUCCUGGAAGUAUGAGUUGCUCCAGUAGUUACCAUUGUCCAAUGAAUAGAUCCCUUUUGAACAACUUUUUGAUUGAAGAGGGACUAACUGUUCCUACGCAGUUGGGUUCCUCCAGUGAAAGGCUUCAGAGCCUGAAACUUCAACGAGAGCAAGCUAGGCGGGUUCAGAUUGAGCAACAGUUUUCCAGCGCCUUUGGGGAGCCAGUCUCAGAAGAACCAGAAAGACAAAGUACCAUAACUACCAUUGAAGAGAAAGUUAUGCUUGGAAUUGAGGAGAACCUGCACAAAUCUCAGGAACAAGAGAGAACGAAUGAAAUCAAGCAAAAGUCUGGCUCAAGUCUUGCAAAUUGGUUUGGUUUUCGUAAAAGUAAGCUGCCGGCGCCAAGUAGCAAGAAGGCCGAACCAGUCAAAGUCAAAGAGGAAAAACGGGAGCAAAAAAUUACAUCACUUUUGGGAGGGAAGAAUGCAAAGUCUGACAAAAAGAAAGAACGAAGGAAGAGUGAUGGAAAAGAAAGCUCUGUUGGAAGAAGAGAGUCUCAUGAUGCAGUGAGGGCAUGCAUCUCAAUGCCCUGCCCAGGAAUGUCAAUGAAUGAAAUUCAGGGACACACAAAUGUCAUCGGGGACCCAAAGUUGCAGGUGAUGAGUCUGAGAGCUGAUGAUGACAAAGGUUCCACGGUGAAGAAUGUCCCCAAGGAUGCAGUAAUAGGCUCUGGUUGCAAGACGCGAACAUUGGAUAGUGGAAUCGGGACCAUCCCUCUCCCAGAAUCCUGUUCCUUCUUCUCCUCCAUUCUGCACCUCCUGCCUAAAUCCUCCUCAACCCCAGAGCAGUCCCUUAUUUCUCCCAGUGUCCCUGGUUCCUCCAGCAACGAUGUAUCUCCUUCCCCGUUACCCCGAUGGAGAGUACCCUCCAGCUUUAGGGACACCAGUCAUGCAGGGGUGCCGAACUCCAUGUCUGAUUCCUCCAUGACCCAUAUCCCAUCAGUGCCUUUUCCCUCUGUGGCCUUUCUCCAGCCCAUUCAACCCUCGUCUGAACCCUUUUUAACCUCUGCAAGUUUGUGUGAUUCGCAAAGCAGGCUGUCCAUGUCAACACAAGGUGGAGUGGAGCCAAAGAAAAUGACUAACAUCAAAUCGAAAGGACAUGUCACUCCAGGUCAACAGAAAGACCAGACCAGGCUUCAGCUUGCCAACUAAAAACUGAAGCUGUGAGAGCUGGCUUGAAGGAGAAACGAAGAAAUCGAUUAUCUCUCUACCAUAUAUAGAAGAUCCAUAAAAUUCUACACUUUAAAUAUGGUGUCUGCGUGUGCGGAUUAACACCCAAGAAUGAACAGCAUGUGGCAUUAAAGGCUCCCUUGCAGUGCAAAGAUACAGUGUGGAGUCAAGUUCUCUGGCAAACAUUUACGGAAGACCACACCUUACUGGCAGCAGCUGUGAACAACAAACGGAACCUCUAAAUGUGCAACCCCAGACAUUUAUUGACAACUUUUCGGCUGUGUACAUAGCACUUGAUCAAUUUCUAUGUAGCUACUUUUCUUCUCAACCAGCAAAUGAGGAGUGCAUGUGAGCCAAACAUAUCACUCAGUCAGCUGAAGUAUCCAUGGCAUGAGAACAGCAGUUGCAUUCAAGUUCCUUCAGGACCACAGAACACAUGUUUGCAUCUGAUGGAAUAAUUUAUUUAUGUUUAUUUAUGAAGUGUAAAGGAAUGCAUUUAGAAAAAUAUUCGGCACACCAGAAAAAAACAAAUCCUUUAAAGGAGACCUGACGGGAGUAAAAUGGCAUUAUACAUACAAUAAAAUCUAUUUUCUUAUUUAUUUAUUUAUUUAUUGAGUUUUAAACUCAACAACUCUGUGCAAGAAGAUCAUCUAAAAUCGAGUGCGGUUAAAUUAUAAUUGUAGAGAAAGAAAUCAUUAAAAAAAAACUAAAGACCCCUUUUUUAACCGACAGAAAACACUUCUGGCAUAGAAAUGAAAUUACUUUUAUUAUUAAUUUAUGCCCAUUUUUAUGGAUGAUUUUUUGAUGAUUCCUUUAAAUAAAUAAAAAAUAAAAAAGGGUUUGAUGUAAAACAUUUUUAGGGAGUAAUACAGUUAGAGCAACAACAAGGAUAAUUAACACAAAUGUUCACAGAAUUUAUGAAGGUAUUUUUAGAUGUAGCCAGGAAAAAAAGACAAGAAAUUAAAAAUACAAUUUUUCAAGAUAUAACUUGUUGGAUGGACUAUUUUAAAUAUCGGACAAAUGCACGUAGAUUGUUACAGGUGAGUUCUCCAUUAAACUAAAAAAGCUAGAUAAAAUGCUUUAUGUUGGAGCGUGAUACUAAAAAUGUGUGUAGAAAGUAAUUAUUUCUACCCGCAAUUCUUUCAUACCAUAUCCAUAAAUAUUGAGGAAAAAAUGCAGCAAUAGAACAAACUUUUCAUCUCAUUUUACCUUAGGUUUUCCAUUCAUGCAUUUUUUUGUUGGUGCUUUAUCAGAUUCAGGGUGGCCUGUAGUCUCUUGAGGUUGGUUUCUGAAGCGAAAAAAAGCACAAUAAUUUCAAAAAGGUACAUAUGUGUUUUUUUCAAAAUAAGGGUUUGAUAAGGAAUCAUAUAGUCUCCAAUCACUUUCCAGGCGUUCUUUGUUUGUUUUUGCCACACAGCGGGCAAUGGAUGAGUACCUCUGAUGACCCAAAAAUAACAAAACUGCCUUCAAGUACAUUGUAAUUCUCAUUAUGUGCAUGUUAGAAAUACUACUUAAAAAUAUUAAGGUGCAAUAUAGAUCUUAGAUGUCAUAGUUUUGAACUGGCAUCAUUUGGAAUCUCAUCAAUCAUGUCUGAAGCGUAUCUUGUGUACAGCACUAACUGUUGGAUGCCAUUUCUGAACCUGUGAUUCUGUAACGUGUCUACUAGCAAUUCUAAGAUGUCCUAUGUUAAUCGCAACAAUGGUAAUUUCCGUAUGCAUGCAACAAGCUGGGUUUGUCCAAAUCUAAUAUCAUAACCAUGAACUUUGUUGCAAGUAAACACAUUUUAUUCUACAAAUCUUGACUUUGUUAAAUAUUUCAUAAUCAUUACAGUUAACCUUUUAUUGCUCUAUGAGUGUUUCUUUUCAUCUAAAGGGAAAUGUCUUUUUUUUAAUUGUCUAUAUUUCCUCAGUAAUGACAUCAAGACAAAAUGUAUUUUUGCUUGUACCUUUAGUUAAAGAGUUGGAGCAUAGUGGACAUUGUUUUACUAGCUCAGGGAAAAUACCAAUUGUUGUCUGUGAUAGAUGCUGUGGAUUAAACCUCAAAUAAGGCUAACUACUUGCUUAAACAAAUGCACCAGGUGUCAUUGUUCAUGUUUCAGUUUAGAGUAGCCAACAUAUAAUCAGUAUCUUCUUUAUAUCAGACCACGAUCACUCAGUCUUUCUGUUGUAUAUGCUGUUUUUUUCUAUAACUGCUUUGUGUCAUAACUGCAUUCCCACAUAUUUAGCAAUUGAAGCUGCUUUGCGGCAUUUCCCUGCCACACCUUUGUCUCUGCUUCUCAUGUGUACAUAUUUGGCUCAAUGCAUAUAGUCAAACUGCUCGGAGCUCGUGACAUAUUUAAACAGAAUGCAACUACAUCUUAACAUCAGACUCGUCAUUGUGACUAUAGCCAUAUUUUUUUGGAAUACACUUGAGACAGUUUGCAGGUUUAAGCACUGUAGCAUUGCACACUGAUUAGUCUUGUUAUUCUACUUUAUUUACCUCUUCUUCCAUUAUGCACUUAAGAAGUACGUAUAUUUCGAAGGAACUAUCUGUAAAAACUGCAGCGAUGUUUACAGCAAUAGCAACAUGUGUAUAAAAAAGAAAGGUACACGGGUGAGAGGAAUAUUAGGGGACAGACUUACUGAGCUGAUACGGGUAGGCGGAGCAUCUGUAUAUUAAAAUGACUCGCGUAAAGAAUAGCAUCACUUUCACAAGAGUGUUGUAUUUUUCUAAAAAGGUACUUUAAUUUCCCGUGUUGCUAUUUGCAAUGUAUGUUUAUUGCACGUAUUGUUUCUCACUAUCACUUUAAACUGUCCUAAAUGUUUUUCCAUUUAGAAUCUAGUUAAAACAGUGAUGUUCUCGUGUCAAAGUCACCUAUAGUAUGAACUCAUAAUUGUUUACUACCAAUAUUCUUUGUUUUAUGUCAAAGACAGAAAAAAAUAAACUAUUUCAAUACUUA